ACAAAAUGAUGAUACCUACUUCUACAUUCUUUUACAAAAAAUUAGAUAUGGUAUCAUAGACGAACAAGUUUGGAAUGUAUUAUCACAAAAAUUACUAGAAACCAUCCAAUCACCCCAACUAGACACAAAUCUCAAUACCACUCACAUAGUAGGUUAUCGCAAAACUGCCAAAUUAAUCAAUAGAACAAUUUGCACCUCAAUCCCCACCCACGAAGAUAAGAUCCUAAUUUCUGACUGUGUCGAUAUCAUAGACAAUCAAAUAUUUCCUACCAAUUCAAGACGUCAUGAAUUCGCAAAUAAAACAAAUCUUCCUAGUACUAUUAGAAUUCAACCUGGAGCAAGAGUCAUGUUUUUGAACAAUUCCCAAUACAGACACCGCAUAGCCAAUGGUACCGUAGGCAUUGUAACAGAUCUCAAUUUACAAAUUGGCCUGGUGUAUGUCAGUUUCUGUGUUGAAGGAGCAAUUAUUAAUACUUUGUUCACUAAAUACACCCACAACUUUUAUCUUAAUAGCUUACCUGCUAGUCACACACAAUACCCCAUACAAAAUGCAUUCGCUCUUACGAUAUACAAAACACAAGGAUUAACAAUUCCUGAUAUAUCUCUAAACUUAGAUAAUCAAAUCUUCGAGUAUGUACAAGCCUAUGUAGCAUUAAGCCGCUGCAUGAAAUGGGAACAUGUAAAAAUCCAAUCAAUUGAUCAUGAUGCAUUUAUUGUUGAUCGAUCAAUGACCGAUGAAUAUGAACGACUAGAAUCCAAAGCACUUGAACCAUUACCACUAAAUAGAUAA